AUGGCUAGCCGACUAUGUUCGCCCUUUCUGUCUUCUUCUCUGCUUCUUUCUGUCCUCUUUCCUGCAUUGUUGCUCCUCCAGCUGCCUGGAACUGUGAAAGGCGACUGCUGGCUGAUAGAAGGGGAUAAAGGUUACGUUUGGUUAGCUAUCUGCAGUCAGAACCAGCCUCCAUAUGAAACAAUUCCCCAGCAUAUCAACAGCACGGUUCAUGACCUACGGCUGAACGAGAACAAACUCAAGGCGGUGCUCUUCACCUCCAUGUACCGCUUUACAAACCUAACUGAUCUCAAUCUAACCAAGAAUGAGAUCAGCUACAUUGAGGAUGGGGCCUUUGCUGGACAGGCAAACCUACAGAUUCUUCAACUAGGCUACAACAAACUGAUCAACUUGACUGAGGGCAUGUUACGAGGUCUGGGCCGAAUGCAGUGCCUGUUUUUGCAGCACAACCUCAUUGAGGUCAUUGCUACCAAUGCCUUCUGGGAGUGCCCCAGUCUUAGCAGCCUGGAUUUAUCUUCCAAUAAGUUGGCCCGUCUUGACCCAUCUACCUUCACUGUCCUCAACAGGCUGAUGGUUUGUGAACUUGCAGCAAACCCUUUCCACUGUGGCUGUGAGCUCUACAGUUUUUUGACCUGGCUAGAUGAAUUUAAUAAUGUCACCCAUACCUAUGACCGCCUCCAAUGUGAAACCCCUCCAGAAAUGAUGGGAUACCCACUUCUAAGCCCAGUGCCUGGACAUGGAAGAAACGCUCGUCACAUUCUUUUGACUGUCUGUCGUGAUGGAGUGAUUAUUCCAGGGAUGACCCCACAGAUGCCAGAUUUAGAUGGCUCAGGGAUGGGUUUAGACUCAGAUUUUGGCUUGUACCCCCAGCCAACAAUUACAUCUACAGCUGAUCCAAACUAUGCCAGUCAGAUUUCUAUGAAGCUUGAAACUGUCUCCCUUUACACUGCUGUUCUAAUUGUGCAGAUUCCAAAUCCAUACAGUAAGAUGUACAUCCUCUCCCAGUAUAACCAGACAGUUCCUACAGACAUCCAGCCAAUUAAAAACAAAAAGGACAUAAUUAGAUUGGAGAAACUGAAACCACACACAAAUUACACUUUUUGUGUGGUUUCUGUAAUUAAAUCUCAGCGCUACAAUCAUACCUGUUUGUUCUUUACUACACGAGCUACUGGGCCUGAGGAUCACCGUGCCAAUCCAUCUACAACUACCCACUACAUUAUGACUAUCCUGGGAUGUCUUUUUGGCAUGGUCAUUGUGCUUGGAUUUGUCUACUACUGCCUCAGACGGCGACGCAUACAGGAGGAGAAAGAAAAAACUAUCUGUGUGAAGAAAACAAUUCUGGAAAUGAGAUAUGGUCCAGAAGUUGCUGCAGCUGUGGCCAAUGACCCUAGUGCCAUGCAGCGUCUCCAAGAGCAGACUCAUCAUCACCAUUCAGGAGGAGCUGGAGGAAAGCUUCCACCUUCUGCCUCUUCUAGCACAGGAAUGCUCCAUGGAUCAGCCAACACCAGUUCUUCCCGUCUCUCUACUUUGCCCCAGGUAGAAAAAAUGGCCAGCGCCUUUUCUGAAGCAAUGGGCAGCAAAAGCAAUUACAUGGAGGUUAGGACAACAGGAGUGCCAGUGGAGGGUAGAGAUGUAGUAGUAGCUACUGCAGGACUAGGAGUAGGAGGGGAAGUAGUUGUUGAUAUGCGAGGUGGAGCUGAAAAUGGGACUGGGGAGGAUUCAGAUGAUGGUCAUGGCUCAGCAUCAGAGAUUUCCACAAUUGCCAAGGAGGUAGACAAAGUAAACCAAAUCAUCAACAAUUGCAUUGAUGCUCUUAAGAUGGAUGUUUCAUCUAGUGCUGUGUCCACAGUUGACAAUGGCAACUCUGUGUCCUCCUCCCAACCUCCUUGCAUCACAUCCAUCCCUCGCAACUUUCUGCCCCUCUCUCCUGGCCACCCUGGAGAUCAAACAAUGGCUUCUUCUCCAAAGCUGCCUCAUCCUCCAUCAAUGGCCCCAGUGCCCUUGGUCAUGCCCCUGUCUGAGCGGCCUGGCAUCAGUGGAGGUGGGUUUCUCACCCCUCCUUACCGUGACCCACCACCAGCUAAUGCAGUGCGGCCCCUUCAGAGGCAGCCAAGUGCUGAGGUGAAAAACCGUUGUGGUACUCCUGCUGCAGGACCUGUUAAGAAUCCAAGAGUGUACAGUGUGGAUGUCCCUGAGCAACGCAAUGAUCCACCCAAGUACCCAACAGAAAAGAGCAGUCCUAUAGGUUGUGGUGGUGGGGGUGGAAAUGGAGGCACUGGUGGAGUAGGGGGUUGCAGUGGAAAUGGCAAAGGAAACCUAAAUGGUGGUAAAGUUAGUUUAAAUGGGGGUGGAAUGGGGUGUAAUAAUGGAAAUGGUGGUGGUUUUGGGGUUGUUGGCCUUGGACAGCAGCAGCAUCACCUAGAGGUUCAACCAGACUACCACAGCUCAGAGCACAGGCACUCCUUUCCUGCACUCUACUAUGAGGGUGAUAAUGACUUGCCCUCACCAGCCCAAAAAGCCUCAUUCCUCAAACCACUUGGUGGUACCAAGAGGGAUGCCACAGUCACCUAUUCCCAGCUCUCUCCUCGUCAUCACAGCUACAACUCUGGUUAUUCCUCCAGUCCAGAGUACUCAUCUGAGAGCACAUUACGCAUAUGGGAGCGAUUCCGACCGUACAAGAAAAAUCCUCGUGAGGAAGCAUCUUUUAUAGCAGCAGGUCAUGCAUUGCGUAAAAAGGUGCAGUUUGCCAAGGACGAGGAUCUUCAUGAUAUUUUGGACUACUGGAAAGGUAUUUCUGCCCAGCAAAAGUUGUAAGCUGUAAAAUCAACUUAAUGCCUUUUAGAAAAUUGUGAGAUAAACACCAACAGCAGGCAAGUAAAGAGGAAAUAUACAUAUUCUCCAAAACAGGUAAUGAUGUUUCCUAAGGGGUGUCUAGUGACAUGGAUCAUUCAGGC